GCGUCGGGGCCGCCGGGCGCCCGGAGCGCCUCAUCCCUCGCCCUAGCCAUCGCCAUCACCGCGCUCUACUCGGCUGUGUGCGCAGUGGGGCUGCUGGGCAACGUGCUCGUCAUGUUUGGCAUCGUCCGGUAUACUAAGCUGAAGACCGCCACCAACAUCUACAUCUUCAACCUCGCCUUGGCCGAUGCUCUGGCCACCAGCACGCUGCCCUUCCAGAGUGCCAAGUACCUGAUGGAAACGUGGCCCUUCGGAGAGCUCCUGUGCAAGGCGGUGCUGUCCAUUGACUACUACAACAUGUUCACCAGCAUAUUUACGCUCACCAUGAUGAGUGUGGACCGCUACAUUGCCGUCUGCCACCCCGUCAAGGCCUUGGACUUCCGGACGCCUGCCAAGGCCAAGCUGAUCAACAUAUGCAUCUGGGUCCUGGCUUCAGGUGUUGGGGUCCCCAUCAUGGUCAUGGCGGUGACUCAACCCCGGGAUGGAGCAGUGGUAUGCAUGCUCCAGUUCCCGAGCCCCAGCUGGUACUGGGACACGGUGACCAAGAUCUGUGUGUUCCUCUUCGCCUUCGUGGUGCCAAUCCUCAUCAUCACCGUGUGCUACGGCCUCAUGCUGCUGCGCCUGCGCAGCGUGCGCCUGCUGUCGGGCUCCAAGGAGAAGGACCGAAGCCUGCGGCGCAUCACGCGCAUGGUGCUGGUGGUGGUGGGCGCCUUCGUGGUGUGCUGGGCGCCCAUCCACAUCUUCGUCAUCGUCUGGACGCUGGUGGACAUCAAUCGGCGCGACCCACUUGUGGUGGCCGCGCUGCACCUGUGCAUUGCGCUGGGCUACGCCAACAGCAGCCUCAACCCUGUGCUCUACGCCUUCCUGGACGAGAACUUCACCCGGCACUGCCCCCUAAGCUCCCCACCCAAGUGA